AUGUCCCUGGGCACCCGAUUCUUACAAAAAGAACCUGGACAGAUUCAGUUUAAGGCCCAAGCACUCAUCUACCCCGUGCUGCAGGCUCUGGACCUUAACACACCAUCCUAUCAGCAGAAUCAGGACAUGCCCAUUCUGCCGCGCACUCUUAUGGUGCGUUUCUGGAGUGAGUACUUCACUAGCAACAAGGCCCUCUUCAGAGCCAUGAUGGCCAACACACACAACAACCCUGAGUCUUCCAGCCUGCUGAAGUUUGUCAACUGGAGCGCAUUCCUGCCAGAGACAUAUCAUAGGAAAUACAACUAUAGUGCUCCUGCUGUGCUGCAGGGAGUUGGAGGUGAGGCAGUUGGAAUGGAUGGACCAUCUCGAUCUUUUGCUGACCCGAGGGCAUCACCCCUGCUGGUUCCAGACACGGCCUUACGCUCUCUGCCCAAGGCCUACAUUCUGACAUAAGGGGACAUCUGGGCCCUUUGACCUUUCAGCACACGGGACAGCUAUCUAAAAGAAAUCAUAAUCAUCUGAUCAACACUGCUCUGGAAGCUUUACUGUUCAAAAAGAGCUACAGUUAAUUUCCCUUCUUUUAAGCAUCUAUGUGUUUGAAUGUUUUUGUUUUUUUCUUUUGCUGGUUUUCCAUUAUUACAAAGACAGCAUGCUGUCACAUUAAGGUAAACUUUUUAAACAAGCUUUACAGAGAACCCUGGUUCUUCUGUUUAAACACUUCUACAUUCUUCAUUGUAAAUGUGACUAUUUCUAUUUAUGGCUAGGUUUUCUUCUUUGAGAACAUGUGAUUUGCAUCAUUUUUAAUUUUAAUAUUAUCUGACAAUAAAAUGACUUGAUUGUUCACUACCA